UAGAUUAGUUUGAGCAUGGAACAGGCCCCAUGAACAACGCGGGUUCAUGCAUGUAUGUAGCAGGCCCCAUGAGAAACCCUGAUUUAUGCUAAACUUGAUACUUCAUCAUCAGCAGCUAUAAAAGCUCUAAACUCCUUCCCCCCUUUCUUGCUCACCCUUAAAUAAUAAACCUGAUCAGUUCAUUUGCUCUGGUUUUACUUUGCACUAAAAAAAAAUCAUGUCAGCCCAGCUGAGGAAACUAGUGUCCUCAACUGAAAUAAAGCUGGAUGGAAAACUGAUUCAUGAAAUCCUAACACACAAACCGUACUGCAUGACUAGUACGAGCCCCAAGUUCAUUCAGGGCGUUGAAUUGCUUGAUGAUCGCGAGUGGGGCAAAGUUGGAUCCGUCAGGCUCUGGAAAUUUAUUAGCCAGGGACGAGAGAGUAAUACAACAGUGUCGAACAAAAAAAUACGCAUUGUUAGAUUGUGGAAUUUGUUUUGUUUUAUACUGAUAUAUAUUAAUUUCAAUAUGGAAAUUCAUAGAUGGAAAGACGUCGGUCGCCAAAGACAUAAUUGAGGCCGUUGAUGACGCAAAUAAAUCAGUCACAUUUAGGAUGAUUGAAGGAGAUAUAUUGAUGGUGUACAACACCUUUGCCAUAACUUACAAUUUUGACAAAGUUGGGGGGAGCAACUUGGUCACUUGUACAUUUGAGUAUGAAAAGAAAGAUGACAACAUCCCAGAUCCCCAUUCGUUUAUGGAUGUCUGCCUUAAUGGGAUUAAGGAUAUUGAGGCCUAUCACCUCAACUGAAAUCAGUAUGCAUCGAGAUGAUAUGAUGGUAAUCAAGAUACUUAAUUAUCUUUAUUGUGUAGAUUAAGGGUGACGUUAAAAAUACUGUAUUAUGAAUAAAAUAUCUGCUUCGUGCAUUUUACACACUUUGCAUCAUCCUUCUUUAUUACCAGUAAAACUAGUACCAGGGACGGAACUGGGGAGCAAAGGGGUCCGUCGACCCUGCGGGUGGCAAGUUUUUUUGAAAAUAGACCGUAAUUUUUCUGAAAAAAAAAAAUGCUAAAUGCACUCAUCUUGUAAAUGUUCGAGGCUAGUUUCGUCACUGAUUAGUAGGUACCUAUGGGUUUACCAUGUCGACACAUAUGGUUUUGGUGACAUGGACAAUUGAGUAUGAAAAGGUAAAUGGAAUCCCGGAAUGCGUUGAUGGACUCGUAUUAUUCGUCUAUAUGAAUGAGUUAGACAGUGAGAAUAAAGAUGAUGUUGAAUGCAUGAAGGGUUGAUGGUUUAAUCGGAAAAAACAAUUGCCACAAAUGGCGCGAAAGUCAGAAGUUACGUUUAGUACGAUUUGAGAUAUACACAUUUCGUAUUCUAUCUGUUGAUGGGAAAAACUUGGUGAUGUGGACAUUAGAAAUCUGUUGGUGAUGAUGCUAUAGGUUUAUGGAUUUAGUAAUCAUAUUUAAGUAAAAUAAAAAAUUAAAAAAAAUGAAAUCAACGGACAAGAUGAUCUAAUUAUUAGCCCAAAAUCUCAAUGUUUUCUACAGUUUUUAUUCCAAAAAUAAAUAAAAAAAAAUCUCAAUGUUUAUAACAGUUUAAGUGGUGAAUAAAUGGAAAUUAUUACUAGUACUAAAUAUCAAGGGGGAAAAAACCCUGUCAAAUUGAAGCAUGAAAAUUGAGAGUCUUUAAAAGUCAGCAUCUUCUUCUUCACCUUCUCGAGCAGCCAGCGAUUUCGGUGCUCGUUGACUGGGUGUUUUCAGCCCAUCAUAAUUAGGGGUUUCAAAAUCGAAUUUAUGUAAAUCCUGGUAAUCUGUGUGAAGUUACAUUUCAUUCAUUCACCUUGUAAAGUUUGUCAAUGCAUUGUGGGCGUGUAGUCUGCAGUCCCAAAUCUGACCCAUCAAUAUGUUCCCUCUUGGACUGAACAAGACUACAGGACACUAUGUGUAUCGAUCAGUGAUUUAACGGUAAAGCCCAAAUGAAAAAGCUUUUGUAUUCAAAAAAAAAAAAAGAAAAAUGUAAUGUAUACAAGAUUGAUGAAAAUAUUCCGGGAAAAUGUACCAACUGCAUGGCUACAUGUAUUUUGAAUUCUUUUCAAAGAUCUUAUCCUUUUUUAUCCACAAAAAUAUGCACAACCCAAUAGUAAACAUUUUUUUAUUCCAAACUUCGCCUUUUAUCACACGCACAAGAAAAAGUUUUUAUGUUCGGAAAAUAAUUGUGAUGUAACAUUUUCAGUUCAAAUCUUGUGAACGAAGG